CGUUCAAUUCCACCACCAGGAACUGGACAUAUAUAUGGAGAUGAAAGAAGAGAACUUUGGUGAGAUCUUUGGUGUUAAUAAGGCUGAUGAUGAUGAGAUCUUUACCUCUCACCAUAAUUUCUCUAUUAAUACUACCAACCAGCAGCUGCAGUACUCGGAAUACCCUCCUGCCUGCUGGAAUAAUUCUUGCACUAUGCAACAAACGAUGACGACGACCAACGUCGCAUCCUCUUCUGCUUCUACUUCUGCUUCGGCCUGUCAGCUAAUUUAUGUCGAAAGCAAGAACGUCCCAGUACCCGUCCUGCACGAAGAAUCAUUAGUAUCAUCAGUAGAUAGAGCUGCCUCCACCUUUCAUGAUCAGUUUGUUAUUAGUCCUAGUUAUGGAUUAAGUGCUAAUAAUUUAUCAUCCAACACAAUCCUGAAUUUUUCAUCACCGGCAGUACUGGUUAAAGAUGAUUCUAUUAUCCAUAACAUUAAAAACCCGCAGUAUGAGUAUGAUUUAGGAACAAAUGGGAAACAUAGUUGGAAUAGGGUUAAUAGCGGCAGCGUGGGGGGCCGGAGCAGGUUGCAGGCUCGGGAGCAUCUCGUGGCCGAGAGGAAACGCCGGGAGAAGCUUGGCCAACUCUUCAUCAAUCUUUCCAAGCUUGUGCCAGGUAUUAAGAAGUUGGACAAGGCUUCUAUACUUGAAGAUGCUAUUGACUACAUAAAAAUCCUGGAAGAACGGAUUCAAUCCCUGGAGAAAGAAGAGGCGACAAAAUGCUGGGAAGUAGAUCGUCUCGACAGAGAGAGCUCUUACAUGGAUGGAAGCACGAACGAGCUCUCGUCAGCAAUCAAGGUCAAAAUUAUGAACAGGAGUGUGCUCAUAAAAAUGCUGUGCAAGAAACACAAGGGGUUCAUGUCAAGAAUUCACAUGGAAAUGGAGAAGAUGAAUUUAUGUGAGGAAGACAUAAGGGUGCUGCCAUUUGGGAACAAUGCACUAGACAUCACCAUUCUUGCCCAGAUGCAAAGUGAAUGCUCAUGUAAUACAGUGGACAUUGUUGAGCAGCUGGAGAGGGCAUUCUUGAAUCGACCUCAUCAUGACAUGCAAGAUAAUUAG